AUGGCUUUUGUGAAGUGGUUAGGUUACAGCAACAGGUUUAACAGUUGGAUACCAGCUGGGGUCAUUAAGUCCAAACAUAGGUUAGUAUAUGAGAUGGAGGACGCUGGAGACUACGAUGGCAUUGAGUUGGAAGAGACCAGGGGAAGUUACCCUCAAUAUGAUGACAUGGACUAUCACGACCUACUAUCGAACUUCGACGAAUUGACAAUCAGGUCAAAUACGGAGACAAAGUACGGUUCGGAUCCUUUAGCUCUCACUGACAUUAACCACGAAUUUCAAUACGUGAAGAAACGAAUGGAAGAACGUGGAACAGUCCAUACCUCUUUCAUUGAGGGCGGAGAAGGAACCGUAAACAUCACAGGACCCACUGGAAGUACCACAGCCCCAGGUGAUGAGUUCGUGGAGGAUCCCAACGGUUUGCUUCCAGAUGUCAUGGAUGCGUUCAACGAUUCAUUUGAGCUAAUUGGGAUGACAUAUAGGACCGUCUAGUAAACUGAAGAAGUUCUCAAAAGACCGUCUCACAGCAGAGAAGAAAAGAGACUUUGAAAACCAGGUGGAACGUGUGCAGGCUGUCACAAGAGUUGUUCAAGCGAAGGAGAAAAUAGUACUCAACCCUAGGAAUAAAUACGUCAGGGAACUUAUCAAUAGGUCAUCAGUCAAGACACUUAAUGAUGGCACAGAGAUGUUAAUGUUUAGGAGUGAGCGGGGUAUUAACAAGAGUGGUACCCAGAUUAUGAAACGUGGGAAAACUAACGUCCCCACAUACUCUAAGAAUUCCCCAGCACUGAAAGAGUACAAGGAACUAGUGAGGAGAAUCAAGGAGGAGUCCACAACCAGUACCCAAUCUCACACAAACGAAGCAUUUGAGGGAGAUGAGACAACAAUUGUAGAUCGGAAUGCUGAACUGGACACCGUCAACGAUGUUGACAGCAUGUUUGAACAGAUAGAAUUGAUAGAUGUGAGGGUAGCCAGAGACGAUAUCCCAGGUCUAACCCCUCAGGAAAAUAAAGAGCUACGAGGAGUGCUUAACCCCACGGACGCCAUGGAUCUGGAAUCAAGAAUUGGUAAAGAUGGAGCGCUUGAGAAUCAAGUAGAAUAUUUUCAGGACACAAUCAACAAAACGAUGGAGUUGGGGGAUGAAACAGACGACACAGAGGAGUUCAUCAAUUUGGAAGAAAGAAUAGUAGCUCUUAGGGAAGCAAGGGAUAGGACAGUCAUGCAGAAGGAGUUAUAG